AUGAGGACUUUUAAAAGCUCAACCAUAUUCUUCAAUUUGAAGCCUUCAAGGCUUACUUCAGCUCCUCGCGAACUGAAUUGCGUCUACUAUGGCGGAAACAACACUAGGUGCGCUCUGAUCCAUCCGGACUUCGUUGUCGAACAAAAUCCAGGAUGUUUCGAUGAAGUCGACAAGGCAAACGUAACUCGUGUCUACUGUGGACUGAGUUGUGAAGAAUCGGACGAAACGACAAUUCUGAAGAAGAAGCCUCAAUGGAACCAUCAAUGCUCAAUGUUUUACACAUAUAACUUGGAAAGGCGUCGAAAAGAUUGGUAUCUAUGGCGAAGUGGUGUGUGCAUCAACACAACUAUGACGUUCGAAAUCCUAUGUGGGACAUACCGCGAUCCAAGACUAUUCUACUUUCAUAAUGAGCAUUUAUUUGAAUAUGAAGACACUAAAUGA